AAGGGCACUUGAGAUGACCGUGGAACCCCAGGUGGAUCUGUGAGGGGCAGGAGUGGAGGCGAUCAGAGAUAACCCCUACUUGGGCACCGGUGCAGAUGUGGAGAGGGGAAGAGGGAAGGUCAGGGUUUGGUGGCAGAACUACGAGCUUGGUCCCUACUCUUAAGAUGCCCGAAGCAGGUGGCUGAGGAGGAGCCAGGCGUGAGGCAUCUGAAGGGUCCCCCCACCGUCCAUGGAAUAGGCAUUCGCCAUGGCUGAGCCCCGAGGCCCUGUAGACCAUGGAGUUCAGAUUCGCUUCAUCACAGAGCCAGAGGGUGCUACAGAGAAGUCCACACUACGCCGUGGUGCGCGACGCCCUGCUAAGGAUGCAAGAGCCAGUAGCUAUGGGGUUGCUGUACGUGUGCAGGGCAUCGCUGGACAGCCUUUUGUGGUGCUUAACAGUGGAGAGAAAGGGGGUGACUCCUUUGGGGUCCAAAUCAAGGGGGACAACAGCAAAGGAACCCCAGGAACUCUGAGCUCUGAUUCGGAACUCCCUGAAAACCCCUACUCUCAGGUGCAGGGGUCAUCUGCCCCCUCCCAGGGCAGCACGUCUGAUGAGGAGCUUGGGGCUCGUUGGAAUAGAAGACUGCUCCGUUCCCAGUCACAGGCUUCACUGGCAGGCCCUACCCCUAUAGGGCCUAACAAUAGGAGUUCCAGCUUGCUGGAGCUAGCCCCUCCAGAGCCUUCCCCAGGUAAUACCAUUGACACUGCUCCCCUGUCUUCAGUGGAUUCACUCAUCAGCAAGUUCAACCAUCAAGUGGGGGGUCAGGUCAGGGGUCGGACUGGUCGUCGCACACGGACCCUGCCGCAUGAACAGCGGAAGCGGAGCCAGAGCCUGGACAGCCGGCCCCCACAAGACACCCUUGUGGAACGGGAACCACAGUCCACCAAACACUGGACCCCUAGUAAGAAUGACAGCCCUGUGGACAAUUCAAAACAGCCACUGCCACUUCAGAGCAAGAGCCCUUUGGGUGCUUUCAGCCGCUCCCGUCAGACUCAGGACUGGGUCCUUAAGAGUUUUGAGGAGCCACAGGAGAAAGCACAGGAUCCUGCUGUGCUGCAGUUGAAAUCAACUCCAGACCUUCUCCGAGAUCAGCAGGAGACAGCCCCACCAGACAGUAUGGACCAUGUGAAGGCCACCAUCUUUGGCAUUCUGAGGGAAGGAAGCUCGGAAAGUGAGGCUUCUGUGAGGAGGAAGGUUAGUUUGGUGCUGGAGCAGAUGCAGCCUCUCUCGAUGAUUGCUCCUGCUUCUAAUAAGACCCUGGCAGGGCAAGGCGAGCUCACCCGAGGAGUAGAGGGACUGCAGAAAAAGCUGGAUGAAGAGAUGAAGAAGCGGCAGAGGCUAGAACCAUCCCAGGUUGGGCUGGAGCGGCAACUGGAGGAGAAAGCAGAAGAGUGUAACCGACUGCAGGAGCUCCUAGAAAGAAGGAAAGGGGAAGUCCAGCAGAGCACCAAAGAGCUCCAGAACAUGAAGCUCCUCCUGGACCAGGGUGAAAGGUUACGGCAUGGAUUGGAGACCCAGGUGAAGGAGCUACAGAACAAGCUAAAACAGGGCCAGAGCCCUGAGCCUGCUAAAGAGGUGCUUCUGAAGGACCUGGUAGAUACCCGGGAACUUCUAGAAGAAGUCUUAGAAGGGAAACAACGAGUAGAGGAGCAGUUGAGGCUGCGAGAACGGGAACUGACCGCCCUGAAGGGGGCUCUGAAGGAGGAGGUGGCUUCGAGGGACCAAGAGGUGGAACAUGUCCGGCAGCAGUACCAAAGAGACACAGAGAAACUUCGCCGGAGCAUGCAGGAUGCAUCGCAGGACCAUGCAGCACUGGAGGCUGAGAGGCAGAAGAUGUCAACCCUGGUACUAGAACUUCAGAGGGAGCUAGAAGAGACUUCAGAGGAAACAGGGCAUUGGCAGAACAUGUUUCAGAAGAACAAAGAAGAGCUGAGAGCCACCAAGCAAGAACUCCUGCAGCUGCGCAUGGAGAAGGAGGAGAUAGAAGAGGAGCUUGGGGAGAAGAUAGAGGUCUUACAAAGGAACUUGGAUCAGUCUCGAGGUGGUGGUAGAGAUGCUCAACAAGUUGAGGAACUCAAGAAGGAGCUGCACCGGACAAAGGAGGAGGUUAAGGAGCUCCAGGCAGAACUACAGAGCCAGGAGAUGUCUGGGCGACACAGGGACCGGGAGCUGGAGAAGCAGCUGGUUGUCCUGAGAGUGGAGGCUGAUCGAGGCCGAGAACUGGAACAGCAGAAUCUCCAGCUGCAGAAAACCAUCCAGCAACUGAGACUCGACUGUGAAGAGGCUUCCAAGGCCAAGCUGGCCGCCAAGGCAGAGGCUGAAAUGUUGGGGCAGCGACGGGCAGCAGUGGAGACCACGCUUCGGGAGACCCAGGAGGAAAAUGAUGAAUUCCGACGACACAUCCUGGGUCUGGAGCAGCAGCUAAAGGAGUCAAGAGGCCUGGCGGAGGGGGGGGAAGUGGUGGAGGCUCGACUUCGGGAGAAGGUGCAGCGGCUGGAGGCAGAGAAACAACGGCUACAAGAGGCACUAAAUGUAUCCCAGGAGGAGGAGGGGAGUCUGGCAGCUUCUAAGCGCGCACUGGAGAUCCGACUAGAUGAGGCCCAGCGGGGGCUGUUGCGCAUGGGGCAGGAACAGCAGGCCCUGAACCGGGCCCUGGAGGAAGAAGGGAAGCAGCGGGAGGCACUUCGCAGGAGCAAGGCAGAGUUGGAGGAGCAGAAGCGUUUGCUAGACAGGACUGUGGACAGACUCAACAAAGAGCUGGAGCAGAUUGGAGAUGACUCUAAGCAAGCGCUGCAACAGCUUCAGACCCAGAUGGAAGAUUACAAGGAAAAGGCCCGGCGGGAAGUGGCAGAUGCCCAGCGCCAAGCCAAAGAUUGGGCUAGUGAGGCUGAAAAGAACUCUGGGGGACUGAGCCGGCUACAAGAUGAGACCCAGAGACUGCGGCAUGCCCUGCAAACAUCUCAGGCAGAACGGGACACAGCCCGGCUGGACAGAGAGCUGAUGGCCCAGCGAUUGCAGGGGCUGGAGCAAGAAGCAGAGAACAGGAAGCGCUCCCAGGAUGAUAAGAUUCGGCAACUGAAGAGCCUCGAGGAAAAAGUCUCCCGGCUGGAAGCAGAGUUAGAUGAAGAGAAGAACACUGUGGAGCUGCUAACGGACCGGGUGAAUCGUAGUCGGGACCAGAUGGAUCAGCUAAGGACAGAGCUCAUGCAGGAGAGGUCUACUCGGCAAGACUUGGAAUGUGACAAAAUCUCCUUGGAGAGACAGAACAAGGACUUGAAGACCCGGUUGGCCAGCACAGAAGGCUUCCAGAAGCCCAAUGCCAAUCUCUCCCAGCUUGAAUCUCAGAAUCAGUUGUUGCAAGAGAAGCUACAAGCUGAAGAGAGGGAGAAGACAGUUCUACAGUCCACCAACCGAAAACUGGAGAGGAGAGUUAAAGAGUUGACAAUCCAAAUUGAUGAUGAGCGGCAGCAUGUCAAUGACCAGAAAGAUCAGUUAAGCCUGAGGGUGAAGGCUUUGAAGCGGCAGGUAGAUGAAGCAGAAGAGGAAAUUGAGCGACUGGAUGGUUUGAGGAAGAAGGCACAGCGUGAGCUGGAGGAGCAGCAGGAGGUCAACGAACAGCUCCAUACUCGGAUCAAAUCCCUGGAAAAGGACUCCUGGCGCAAAACUUCCCGCUCAGUGGCUGAAUCAGCCCUCAAGCACGAGGGACUGAGCUCUGAUGAGGAAUUUGACAGCGUCUACGACCCUUCAUCUAUCGCAUCAUUGCUUACAGAGAGCAACCUGCAGACCAGCUCCUGUUAACUUGUAGUCUUCAGAGGUCCAAAAUCAGUCUUGAAGCCUAUCCAGACAGCCCUACUCUGCCUUACUUUGGUCUGAUUGCCAUGGAUUCCUCUUUCCUGUGGGUGAUCCUGUUAUUCAGACCUAAAACAGGGGGAGAUCUGGGUGAAGUUGAUGGAUGGACUUGGCCUUUCCAGUGGAGGAGUAGGUAUUUUAGGCCUGCUGAGCUCUUCCUGUUGAUGCUGACUCCUUCUUCAUCUCCCUUAUUGUGGAAGAAUGGGCAACAGCAGAUUGAGGGGGGCUGUGAAGGAUAAAAGAAGAUGGAAAUUGCCAUGUAUAUAAAGCUUUAUUUCUUUAGCCCUUAAUCCUACAGCUCAGGGAAAUACCCAAUGCUAUUCUGCUCCUUGGAUUCCCACAAUUUAUUUUCCUUCCAUUCUGGAGCAAGGUAAAGGGAACGUUAUGGGUAAUGAACACGCAGGCGUGGUUCUGCCCACUUCUUAUAUGCUUCUCUUUGCACAGUCAUGGGGGCCCAUAUGGUAGUCCCUACACAUCUCCAGUCCCUACAUUUUUGUCUUCUCUAAGCCAGUGGGACCAGGGGACCCUGCAUCCUCUCCCUUUCCCAUCUUGCUUCUUUCCUUUCAGUGCCUUAGCCAGGGUGAGGAGAUAAGGAUGCUCUUCUUGCCUUUUAUACCUACACAUUCAUACCUCUCCAAAGAUCAGCCUUCCCCCAACUGGGGUCCUCAGCCUGCCCUACUUCCCCAGUGUCUGGUCCAGAGACUAUUCUGCCAAGGGGCUCCUGGGAGGGGGACUUUGGUAGAGCCAUGGUAAGGUGGUUCUGCUCAGGGUUUCCGUUUUUCCUUUUGCUAUUCUGGAUGUGGGUUAUAAGGAACUGCACCUGGGAACUCUAGCAACUGUCUAUACAGGUUUCAAAAGCCAAGGACUCAGUCUUUAUAGUCUUCCUUCUGGCUUCUCUGACCAGAUGUACCUAGCCUCAGUAGAAAACCAAUGGAGCCUCCUUUUCUCAGGAAUGGGUCCCAACUCAAUGCUUUGGCUAGAGUUGGAGCUGCCUCUGCAGAAAUAGGAAGAGGCAAUGGAGAAUUUACUUCUUGGAUUUUAGGGCAAGUUAGGUCCGGAGGAGGGGGUAAGGGGGGAUUAUUAACCAUGUGUGUCCCAAGAAAGUUCUGUAGGGAACCUGCAGAAGAAGGCUCUUCUCACCAAUGAUUUGUAAUUUCAUGAUUAAAAAAGAAAACCUAUAUUUCACAAAUCAGGCAUUUUCUCCCAUCUAAUCCAGCCUUGGUUUAAAUUAAAUAUUAAAAUUAUAUACCA